UCCUAGGCUGUUGGGGGAAGAACAGAGAGGGGGGAAAGGGAAAACCGCUUGGUCGGCACGGAACAGUGAGUGAACUGAUGAAUAACGAUACAGUAUCAGAGACAGUUGGGCACAUAGGUGGGCAAACCAGACUAUCUUGUGACGCUGACAAGGAGCAGCGCAACUGGCAAUUGAUAGCUUAUAAAUAAAACAGAAUAACCCAGCCAGAUACAAAGCGGCAAUUGAACUUUGAGUUGCUCAUCCCUCCAAUAUCCAUCGUUUCUCACUCGAUUCCUUUAGAAUCUGACCGUUGUGUCUUGUCUCUAGAGGCGCAGGAUAAGCAGAACUUGGCCCAAUAACAGACAUCUGCCCGCUGGCCAACGUCUACCAAGCACCAAAGUCUUCGUCGUUGUCGCCCGUCGGUGAUUUCUUACUGUCACGUCGCCCUUUUUGCCCAACAAAUCAUUCUCGCCAAGCGAGAGCAGCCAAUUCUCGGCUGACGAACGACGACCCACCACUUACGGAUACAAAGCCCCGCUAACGAAGGCGCCUGGGCCGAGCCUCAAGCAGAAGCAACGCCACUUGACGCAUACAAACUGCCUGUACCCCAGGUCACUAGGACCACUGAAAGCGUCUCCGGCUUUUAUGUUGUCGGGCGUAAAUUGCGAUACAACAGAGACGGUUCGACUAGCAAAUUCCCAUCGUGCAGAUCCUCAGCUCCAUCGAGUUUCAUUGUUUGCCUAGCCUUCGUGCUUCCUUAGGCGGUGCUCAUCAAAUCCGUCUUUGGUAGUGAUCAGAGACACAAGACGUUGUAAGACAAGUCAAGGUGAGUUAUUCAUUCACUUUUUGCCUUUCCUUGUUCACAGAACUUGUCUGUCUUUCGGAGUUUUACCUGCCUCUGGAACCACUCCACCCCUUGUCAAUUACGCACUCUGCCCUUCUUCGCACCCCUGUCCUUUCUGUCUUUUGGGACUUGCUCUCUCUGGGGCGCAGGCAAAGGGCCACUUUACCACUGCUGCUUUCUUGGCUGGGCUUGGUUGUUCACAGUCUCUCUUGGCUGAGGUGCCGAAUAGCGAGAGCCAAGCCUCACGAUUAAGCUCGACAUUGGACGCGCCGAAGAUCCGAUCAAACUCAGCGCUUGAGGAGGCUGUAGGCCAAGCAGUGACCAAGACGAAGAAGCUAAUCGUAAUCGCUCCAUGUAGCUCAUCAUUCUGUGGGCGGAAUAUAACCCUGUCUGGAUCCCCCAUCGCCCAUCGCCCGUCGCUCACUAUCACUAUCGCUCCCUUACCCAAAUCUCCUACCCCAGCAACUUCAGCCCAGCUCUUACAGACUUACAGCGCUGUCUGCACUACUCCAAAUUCGUCCCCCGCCGCUGGUUUAAUUUGACCAAAAAUCUUCCGGCCUUCUCUUCACUGAAGCGAAAGUGAAAUCUCCUUUUUCUUCAGUGACAGACCAACAUAACUGCCUCAUUAUCCUUCUUUGCACUCUUCCCCUUAGUGCUUUUUCUCUGAAAAGCUCAAGGUUACGUGCAACCGCUGAGGCUUUGCUCUGGCGGGAGACAAAAACGGUAUCGCGCCCGCUUACACCCACGCUCUCUCUCACGUCCAUCUGAACUUGCCCCAUGUGGUAAUACAGCCACAGUCAAGAGUCGAUGUAGUCAGGGACUGAGCAAAAUCGCUAUUUUUUCUUUCCUUCUAAUUCUUCUUAUCAUAAACACAUACUCAACCCUCGGCCGACCAUCAAGUGACCUCUCAUUCUACACACUCCAAAUCUACCGAAACAAUGGCGGACACUAUCACUACUACGAGUGCCGCCAAGCCUCGAAGGGAAUCGAGAGAACCAAGAGACACAGGAUUCCCAGAGCCCUUUAACAAUGUCCGAAACACCACACUCCCACAUCCAGAUGCGGAUCUUUCACCCAACGCUUGUCUCACUCAAGAAGAUAUCGAUCAUGACCGGGCACUUAUGCGAACUCGGCGAUCUUUCCUAAGGAAGAAACGACGCACUCUCAACCAUGGGCGCAUCACCCCCACUUCGGAAGCUCUCUACAGCGUAUUCUCCCUGGUUCAAUCUGAUGUUGGAGAUAGCGAGAGUAUCAGAGCCGGCAAUCCAUCUAUGAACAGCUUCCGCCCAUCUACAUCAAGCAUCCGGCUCUCCAAGGACGAGACCGAUAGUCUCGCGUCUAGGACCACGAGGAGAGACGAAGAGGACACACCACCGACUUCGCCCGACGUACCAACCCAUCGCUCUAAGAAAGGAUUUAUGAGCAAGUUUCGGAGGAGCUAGAGGUGUUCUGUCUAGAAUCUUCCGAACAAACGGUACGACACCUUGCUCAGAUCGGAACAAUCAUGAUUUCUACAACGACGUAUACGGCCGAACCUGAUGACCUGUGACGACCGCAUCACCGAGAUGCUUUUCUUCUGAAAAAUCACUUUCUUUUCUUUUCUUUUCUUUUCUUUUGUGGACAGCGUGGCGUUUACCUGGAUCACGGUUUCUUGAUCGGCAAGGAAAAGUAUCGCCUGGCAAACAGGGCAAAUACUUGGAUAUUAAAGUCCCUCUGGUAGGGCAGAGACAGCAAUGUCAAUCAUAUAGCCAUUUGGCUUGGCUUGGAAGGAAGUAGCCGACACGGACACACUCUUUUAAGAAUUGAUAAGUAGCUUUAUCGCUAUGAUCGUAACAUUGUCAUCCUCUCCGUGCUCUCGUCGAAUUACGCAAGUGGUGUUUCAUGAAUAGGAUUCUAAAAAUCGCUUUGGCAUCCAUUGUUUCUCAUGAGAUUCAGCCCCUGAUACUGGUCAUUUCGCUCCGUGUAAUACGGAGACUGCUACCACCCAUUUAGCUUCCACGGUAGGAAGUAUAACUAUAGGGACUCAACAGCAGGGGAACAUGAUACGUCUGUCCCUCUUCGACACGAAAUGUUACCGUCACUUCAGGGAAGAAGGUGUUUUCUUCGCCAAAGUAAGCUCCCGUAUCAAAGCGAAGCGUCCAUCGCGACGAACCCUGUCCCUUGCGAUCCUCAAGCACCUCGACGAGAGUCUGGAGAGGAGGCUCUCCAGCAACAUCCUCGGAAAGAUAUGGUAACCAGGCCGUAACGCGACCAUCGUCGUCGGUCAUGGAUUCGAAGGUGUUGGGUCGAGGUUGGGCAGCAGAGUGAGGGUUGGUCGAUGGCGGGAUGGGGCCUUCGAGACGGACACGAAUGCCACGAGCAGGGCGACCAGCCUGCGUAUCAAGAACGUGACACGUGAUAGGGUCUUUGGUGGGAGAAGCCAUCGUGAUGGUUGAAUCUGGUGUGCAAAGUGAUUGACCGUGGUGUAGGUUAUAUGAUCAGAUAUUCGGUGAGGUUGGCGUCAAGGUGGGGUAGGUGCAAGCUGACAGCAGCUCAGUUAGGCAGGAUGAGAAUAUCGGAAUUCUGUCGACAGCUCUGGAGCUUAUUGGGUUGCGUGUUUGUAAAGUAAGAGAGGUCAAGGCCAGAAUUGUGAAGGAAAGGGAGGGGAAUCGAAGUAAAAGGGUGACGUGAGUGAGGCAGUGAGAGUUGUUUGCGGCUGCGCAGCCUAAAGUACUUGCUGCAGAGAAUCAGCGACUUCAGCUGAAGGACUACCUGAUUACUGCCGCUGGUGCUUGAGUACCUACCUACCUUAUCUACCUAAGGUACCUAAGUAUGUAAUCAAGACCCAGUUAUAAAGUUUGAGCCAUGGCUCUGCAGAUAAGCAAUUCAUAGGAGCUAUAUAACUGAUAGCAAUGAUAUUAUUGUGAAUUACAAGAGGAU